UUUAUCAAAAGCUUUAGAAAAAUCAGUAUACACUGAGUCUACUUGGUGUCUAGAGUAACAUUGAGCAACCUUUCGUUAAAUAGACAUAUAUGCGGGAAACAUAAUCGGACAUUGGCCCUAAAAUAGGCGUCUGUGCGUCAACCUUGCAUGGCCUAUUCUUAAUCAGGUGAGGAUGAUCCCUCUUUUACGAUUCAAAACUUCUGAAGGGGCAUCUAUCAACUGUGCUGUUGAUAGGAGCAUCUCUGCCAACCUGGCUUACCGAUCCUGCCAUUUCCUUUUAAUAAUAUUUUUCUUGCAUUUUUAGCAUUACAGGACCGGAUUGUGGAAAGGACUUACAUCUCUGGGGUCCUAGACAACCUACAUUGUUUCGCUGAGGAGCUCGAGUUUGGAGUAUUUCUCUAAGACGAAUGAAUAAAGGGGGUCUCUCAGACAGCCGAUACUACCCUCAGAUAGCAUUAGGAAGAUAUUACAUGCAUGGAUAUAUUGCAGCAAGUCAGGUGGAAUGUUACCCAGGUUCAGGAGUGAGAGGGAAUUUUGCUCAAAGUUCAAAAAGGCAGACAAAACCCACAUGCUGUCCAAUAAAAGCUGGAAAAACAAAAGGAUGUUCAUUUUAUAACAUCUGUCAGGCCCAAUUAAUCAUGUUUUCGCUUUGUGAAAAUUGGAGCAAACUUUUGGGGUUAUUGGACUGGAUGUACCCUUCUGUCGUCUUUUUUACAAAAGCGACCAUGAACGUCGAGCUUGAAAGAGAAAUUCAACCCACAUGCUGUUAGUUUCACUCCAAAUCACAUUAGCCUUUUGAUCCAAUUUACGAGAGUCAGCUUUUCACAGAGGUCCACAAUGAAGGGAAAACAACUUGAAUAAAAAAGGAAGAA